GAAGAAUAUCGAAAUUUAGAAUGUUUUAAGAGGUGAGGUUUCUACCUGUCACUGACAUACUUUCUAGCGAUUCGUGGAGAAAAUACUCAGUAUUCUAUAAGUAAUCGUGGAAUAGCUGUAAGAAGAAUGGCUGACGUACUCGAUAUCGACAAUGCUGAAGAUUUUGAAGUUGACGAUGAUGGAGAUCAGGGAAUUGUCCGCCUAAAGGAGAAAGCUCGCAAACGCAAAGGACGCGGCUUUGGCAGCGAAAGUGUCCCACGCGAGCCAAUUCAUAAUUAUGACCGCGUCCGCAAUGAGGAGGAGGACGAAGCCGACCCAGGACCACAGCGUUCAGUUGAGGGAUGGAUUCUCUUUAUCACAUCCAUCCAUGAAGAGGCUCAAGAAGAUGACAUUCAGGAGAAAUUCUGCGAGUAUGGAGACAUUAAGAACAUUCACUUGAAUUUGGACCGAAGGACAGGUUUCUCUAAAGGAUACGCCUUGGUGGAGUAUGAAACUUACAAACAAGCAUUGGCAGCAAGGGAGGCGUUGAAUGGGACUGAAAUUCUUGGACAGACGAUUAAUGUGGAUUGGUGCUUCGUGAAGGGACCGAAAAGAACAAAGAAGUCGUCGGACAGGAGGAGGCGAUAGAGGGAGUGGAUGAGUUUUGUGUUUUUAUCCCCUUCGGAAUGCAAAUCCGAUUGUAUCUCAUUUCAUACCGUAGAUUAAUGCACUUAUACAAUGUGAGAGAUCAUAUGAAAAAAAACUUUUUAUUUAAUAAAAUGAAACGAAUUGGACACA